AUGCCUCCCUUGUCGCAUGAACCUCAGGGUUUGAAGUUCUUACAGGUUGUUGUGACGUUGUUGACAGCCAUUCAUGUUCGAGAACUUUUCGCCGAUGAUGUGCUUUACAGCGACUGGCUGCAGACAUUUCCGAAACCUGACUUUAGAACUAAUUUCACGUUAAGAUCAAAUCAAGGCACCGGUUCGUUUAAGGAAGUUCGUCAUGGGCUAAAUGUGGAUCCAUUUUAUGUUCGUGUUUAUGCGAAGCCUCUGCAAGGAAACAACAGUAGGUUUUCUUUCAAUGGCAUCGGUUCUAGCCAGUCUUCACCCUCAAAAAGUUCUUACGGUGGCCUAAUUUUUGCUUAUAAUUCGGAGUUUGUUCGAAUUUGGGCUCCUACGAGUGCGAAUGGCCAUAUUGUGUUCGUGAAAGACGGCUGGGGAGGCGAAGAAAAUACUCAAGAAUCCGACGAGGCAGAAGUUAUUGUUGAGGUAUGGAAGGAUGGCUCGGCGCCAGCUUUUCAAAUCGAACUUGUUAUCAACACCCACGUUCCAAACCUAACCUACCAUCUAGUUGAUCACGAGUUAAGAAAAUUACCAGAGAGAGUUAUGGUCAGGAUUACCCCUGCUGAAAGCUCUGACAAUGCAGGUUUUUGGUUUCAUGGAGUGGGAGCCUCGCAAAAUCCAAAUCCUACCAGUAACUUUGGUGGGGUGAUAUUCGCAUAUAAUGAAAAAUAUGUGCGUUUAUGGGCCCCAGAUGGUGUUAACAAUAACACUGGCUGCAUUUUUGUAGGUAAGGAGUGGGGUGGUGGAGUUAACUCUGAGAAGGCCUCAAAAUGUAAAGUAGAGGUACGACUCUGGGUUAACCAACUUCCAACACCUACUUUCCAGCAAGAUUGGUUUCCUCUUAAGGGGCAAAGAGAUCAAAACUCAUUCAGGGAAAUCGUCCAUGGUAAAAAUCAAUUGCCGUCACUUGUUCUUGUUCAACUUAGAGCAAUCAAUGGAAGGAAUGUGGGCUAUGUCUUUGAAGCCCAAGGUGCAGUUCAGUCUGACGAUGAUGGGAACAAUGAGUACGGAGGUGUUGUGUUUGCCUAUGAUGAAAACAGAGUCCGUAUCUGGGCUCCAAGUAGAAAUGAUGAAUCGAAGAAAGGUUAUCCACUCCUGGUGAAAAGUGGUUGGGGAUAUGGCUCCAAUUUACAAGCAGGGCGUGAUGAGGUGCAUUUUAGAGUUUUGGUUUACUACAGUAUCUGCAACACAUCAACCAAGAUCCUUUACGAAGGCAAACAGUGCAUUAACAAAGUUCAUGACUCCUACAAGUUUGUGAUUUCACAGUGGUCUGAAUGCUCCAGUAUAUGCAACAACGGAACGAAGACAAGAUCUUUUACAGGUGAUUUGUAUGUUGUUUAAAUGUACAUGUAAUGGCUUGCAGGGAAAUGAAUCAAUUGAGUGGAACAUUAAUAUUAAAUUAUUCACAUCUUUCGGUAAGAUUCUUUUACAGUGGAAGGGUUAGAGGGCUUAUUUAUUACCAUGCACCACAAGCAAUUGAGCAUUGAGAUCUUAUUCACUGCACGAAGCUGCUGUUAUCAUUAAUUUUUGACUUGUCAAGUACACAUUUUCUACAUACAGGGGUUUCAAUAAAAAUUGAAGUAGCCAGCAGUUUGGAUAGAGUAACCAACUGUAUCAACAAGGGGCCGGUUGUCCCCCUUUCUAGAGGUGGGGGGAGGUCUAAGCAUGUUCCGCCCCAGAAAAUUUUGAAAUUUCAAACUCUAAAAAUGUGAUUUUCAGCAUUCUGGGGGCUAAAUUUGAGGACAAAAGAGCAUGUUUUUCAUUCAAAAAAAAAAGUAGUUAUCACUGUAUCAGUCACAAUCAAUUCCUACGAGCAAUGAACAAAUGAUGAAAACUAAAUUACGUACUUUUGCACGUAAACAAAUUCUGCUUAAACCUAUAAGAAACUUUUGAAAAAAUGACUGAAUUAUAGCGUUCACAUGACUAAAGCAUAAUGUAAAACCAGUGGGCCUUCAUAGUUCAAAUCAUAGUUACAUUUUCAUUCAGAUUUUAUGAUGUAUUUUUUGUUUAUAACAUUAUUCAAACUAGUUGCUUCUUCUUUCUGUAAAAAAGUAGCCGACCUCUAUGAGCAGAGUAGCCGGUUCUGUUACGUCGGCCAUCGGUGCUUAUUGAAACCCCUGACCUACUAAUUUAUUUGCCCCUGUAGGUGUAUGUUAACAAAAGCCUGCGCAGGCUUAAAACAAUAUAUGCUAAUUUGAAAAGGUUCUUUGAAUGAGAAGUUUUGUACAGAAUGAUUUGUACAUUCCAUAGCUCAAGCUGAAAAGCCCACUUAUCAUUUUUGUACUACGUUGUACUACAUUAUUUUACUCACUACUUGUAAGCAAAUUCAAAUGAUUUUAUUUUUUCUUUUAAUUGAUUAUACAAAACGAAAGGUAAAAAAAUAAAUUUAAAUUAAAUAAUUAAAAAAACGAGGAAAACCGAAAAGAAAAGAAUUUAACCAUUUAUCCAUUAAUAAUUUUAUUGUUUAAAUAAAUAGUGCAUGACAAUGCUCUUACCCUAAGCUUGAUUUGUACUUUUUACCAUGCUUUGUACCCUGGAUGAAAAUUUAUCACUUUGGAAGUUAAAGUUGGUUGUGAUUAUUUUCAGGUUGUGAUGUAACAUCAAAAGAAACUGUCCAUUCAUGUAAUUUUGAGGAUGGUUCAUUUUGUGGCUGGAGUAAUGAACGAGGAUCAGGCUCUUUGAGAUGGGUGAUUACAAAUGCCUCUACUCCGGCAGUUAACACAGGACCAUUGUGGGGGCAUCCUAAAGGCUCAUUCUAUGCUUAUACUGAUACGACCGAUGCUACUUUAGGCGAGGAAGGUGAGUGAAAUUCUCUGAGGAAUGCAUCCUCAGUGACACAGGGGCAGUGAUUUAGGUGGGGAGAAAUGAUACCACAAAAGUUUUCUACUCUAGCCUUCACCACAGACGGGUUAAAGUCCAUCUGCAAGCCAGUGCCAAAAUAGGUAGUCUGGGCCCCCCAGCUGUGUACAUACCAGGAUUUGAGUAUGCAUCAUGAUUGGCGAGCCCUAGGAUUUCACGGUAAUGAUCGUAUCCAGUUACCGUGUCGUUACCGUGAUCUUGAAAUAACGGAACCGAAAAAUAGUUUCUCAGUGACAUAUCCUGAUAUGUUUAAACUAACGGAUCAAAAUACACAAAUAUAAUAUUUUUCCACUUGGAUUCUUAACUAGUAGAGCAAUUCUGUAUGACUCAGCUUGUGUAUAUACAAACUUUUAACAAACGUUACCUUUUUUUUUUUCGUCCACCAUCUUGAAUUCUGUUCCCAAAGUGCAUCGCAUGUAACUGAUGAAAGAUGUUUUGCAGUUAACACUAGCGAUUGUUACAACUUCCAGUCCCAAGAGAAAAAGUAUGAUACUCCAAAAGUUUAAAAACAUUUAGAAGGUGGUCUUUUAGUGACAAUUUCACUGUUGAAACUGAUGAUGAGGCCCAAAUCUCUUUAUGAAAAGACAAUACAUCUGUAAUGCACAUUUCAAGUGAGUAUACCUAUUGGUUGGAUGGAAGAGGGGUCUGGAGUUUUUGACACCUAAAGCACACACAUUUAACACUUAAAUUGACCUCCUUCUGACAUUUUAAUAGACAUUGAAGUUUUUUGUAAGUAAUAGUACACUUUGAUGUUCUUUAAUUUAAAAGUAUGUUUAACAACAUGUUACUGUACAUUAAAAGAAAUAAAAGUGGGUUCCCAUGAAUUUUCACAGAACCAAAAAAUUGUUACUGAUGGUUUCCCAUGAUCUCUGGGAUUUGAAUUCUAGACCUUCGAUUGGUUGGUUAAAGUGCCAAUGUUCCAUCAGCCAAUCAAUUUGAGAGGAAAUUCAAAGUGAACUUCUGAUAAUUAUUUAUUGAGUUUGUUAGCUACAGUGUAUCACUGGGUCUUCAAGCAGCUUGUGAUACAAUGUAAAGAUGAUAAACUAGGUACUCUGUAGCAGGUGCCUCAAAGGUGUUGGGGCCAAGAGUGCAAAGGCAGUAGUACAGUUGAACCUCUCCACAACGGCCACCUUGGGGACAGAAGAAAGUGGCCGUUGUGAAAAGGUGGCCAUUGUGGGGAGGUAGGGGUAUACAGUAAUAUGCAAGGCUGUGCUCUAACAGCGCCCGGUCAUCUGAGGUGACUAACAUUUAGCUUUGAGCGAGUUAAAAAAAUUCCUGGUCACCUGGCCGGGCACUCUGGCUACUUCUAGUAUAGUGUUCGAUUAAGCAGGCAGAAAAAUUUAACAUGGUGGUGUUGGCUUGUUGAGCCAGAGUUUAGUAAAUGCCACAGAAAAUGAUUUUGUACGAAACAAACAGGCACGCGUCGAUGUUCAAAUGUUCAUUAUGCACAAUUUCACAUGUGACGUAAUCCGUCACUUUGAGCAUGACAAGCGGCAUGGAUUUCGAUUUGUACUGCUUCUCAAAAUAGUUUUAAGGUGUCUCAACUGGAUGUUUUGGGGGGAUACCUCCCAAGUUUGAGAAUUAACUAUGUUGGCAUGAUUGAAGAUAUGGGAAAAAGGUUACCACAACUGUAUUAUAUAAAGAUAAAAAUUUCUUAUGAUCUGGGUUUUAUUGUAAUUGGAGUAGCCAUGGCAACGUAACAAUGCCAUUACGUUUUGUUAAUUAUCUUUGUGUUUCUCUGUACCAUGAGUUUUUUUAAGAAAUCGCUUAAGGGAGUUUGUACCUGCCAUAAUUGCCUCAAUUAUGGUAAAGUUUGAAAAAAUUAUACGAGAGCAUUUCCGAAAUAUUUUGAAACGAAGUUUUACGAAUCAUAAAAACAGUGAUCAGAAAUAGUAUGUUGUCCAGACAAUUAGCUAUUUUUUUUUAAGAAAAUGAUAAGCUUUGGAAGCGUGGCUUCAUCUCAUAGUGGUUUAAUUGAUUCCAUUGAAAACUGCAUACAAAAAAAGAGGGGAAUUGCUCUGGGCGAUCGCGAGUAAGAAUAAUUUUAUUAACAAAUAACGAAUUAACGAAUAAGAAGAAUUUUAUUAACUUGCAAAUAAAAACAAUUAACAAAGAUGGCGGCCAGUCACCUCAUUUGGUUGCUCCGGCUUUUUGUCCUUUUCUUUCUCGUAUGCAAAGUUAGGUGUUCAAGGGGAACAAGAAAUUGCAAUAUAACGGCCACUUGUAGGAUGAGAGAAAGUUUUUUUAGUUGUGUAAUCUAUUACGGUCCAAACCGAGAUGCUGGUCAUAAUUCAUGUGAAAUUCCACUCGACUGUAUUCAUCCGAACCCAGGACCUGUGAAGAACCCAUGUGUACUCUGCGAAAGAGCAAUAAUUGCAAAAAACCAUAAGUUUAUUUGCUGCGAAGAUUGUCGACUCAAAUUUCACAUUAAAUGUGCUGGAAUUACAGUCAAGAAAUAUUUGCUCAUGGUUUCUGGCAACAAAAGUUGGACCUGUCAACCAUGUUAUUUGAAAUUUAUGCAGGAACUUCUAUUUCACUCCACAUUAUUGAACUCUUCGCAGGCAAAAAAUUUAAAUCUGUCUGCUGUUUCUGAUGUAUCAGAACAAGUGGCGGAUGAACGAGAAGACUUUUCAUUUUUAAGGAAGGAGUAUUGCAAGGAAUUUAUCAUCACUUCUUACAAUAUUGUUUAUUGUUUAUUGUUUAUUGUUUUGUUUGCCAAAAAUUAUACAAAUCAAAUAAAAUCUAAUUACCUAAACUCUCAUGGCGAGGAAGCCCAAGAGAAGCCACCGGGCUUAUAAGGAAUGGGCUCCCUCAGUUAGAUAAUUAGAACAAAAUAUUAUCAUAAUUACACACGGGAAAAUCAAUGGCAGAGCUACAGUAAAUCUUAAAAUAAGUAUAUUAGAUAGUCGUACUAAUCAUAGUUCUAGGCUAAAAAAAGCGAAAUGACAAAAAGAAAAAAAACAAAAACAAAACAAAACAAAAGAAAAUAAAAGAGCAAAGGAAGAAAAAAAAAAUACAUAUAUAUAUAUAAAUUACUAUUUAUGAUAAGAGGAAUUGCUUUCAGCUUACAGCAAAAGGAAGCGGUACUUGUUGCAUUUCGAAUUUCAAAACUAAGAGAGUUAAAAAAUUUAGGACCUUGGAAACUGAUGGAGAACUUUCUUAUAUUAGUCCUGCAUUGUGGUAAUUAAAAAUGCUCCGAACUUCUAGUGCCAUAAGAAUGCACCUGGCGUGUCACCAGAAACAUGUUAUUGAAGCUAGCAAGCUAGCGAGUAUUAUAGUUUUCCUAGUCAUGUUUUUAGUAUGUGGCUUUUUAGUCAGUCUUAGCUUUUUAUAUUUUAUGUUUUUAAUACCAAAUUUUUUAUAUGUAUCUAUUUAUUGACUUGUUUUUAAAAUUGAAUAAUAUUAUAUAGUUGUAAUUAUUAUAGAUUUUAUUAUUAUAUUAUAGAUUUUAUUUAUUAUUGUAGAUUUUAUUUAUACAUGUUCGUAUUUUGAACGAGUUUUUUAGCUCUUUGACGCAACGUAUUAAAAUAAAUGAUUGAUUGAUCGAUUGAUUGAUAUAAACAGUCUGUAAAGCAAAUUUGUAGAGGUUAAGGAAUGGCUCGAUCAGCGAGUGUUCGAUGUAUUUAACAAUUAAUUCAAGAGACCAAGAUUGAUCGAACAUAUCCCAGUUUCAGGUGUUGCACUAUAAGCUAUACGGGAAUGACAGAAUCAAAGGAGGGGAAGGCGUUGUUGUUAACGUUAGGGAUAAUAUUGCUGCGAUCAGGAGGAGAAAAUCUGGAGAGUCGCUUGAGUGUAUUUUGCUGGAUGUUUACAUGAAUAAUAAGCGUAUCGCUAUUCUGUGUGCGUAUAAACCACCGUCAGUUGGCAAUGCUACAUUUUCAAAGGAACUGUUUACCAUGUUAUAUGAAGCUUUGUCAUUUAGUGACACUAAUAUGUACUGGGGACCAAAUUCUGAUAUACUCCAUCCUCUAGCCGACAAAAAAGAAGGGAGAUGCUUGCUUAUUUGUGACGUGUACGACUUGGAUUCCAUCAUAAAUGUACCAACUAGGAUAUCCAAAACAAGGGAAUCGUGUCUGGAUGUUAUAAUUAUUAACUAAUGCUUCAGCACUUAUCAAGUCAUCGGGUGUUUUGGAACCUGGUUUAAGUGACCAUAGACUUGUUUAUGCGGUUCUAAAUUCAAAGCUACCUCUCCCUAAAUAAUUGUGCAGAGUAUUGGCAUUUCUGCAGUAAUGCACCUAUCAAUGUAAACCCCGUGGUGGGUGAAGUUUUUUGUAAGUAAUAGUACACUUUGAUGUUCUUUAAUUUAAAAGUAUGUUUAACAACAUGUUACUGUACAUUAAAAGAAAUAAAAGUGGGUUCCCAUGAAUUUUCACAGAACCAAAAAAUUGUUACCGAUGGUUUCCUGUGAUCUCUGGGAUUUGAAUCCUAGACCUUGGAUUGGUUGGUUAAAGUGUCAAUGUUCCAUCAGCCAAUCAAUUUGAGAGGAAAUUCAAAGUGAACUUCUGAUAAUUAUUUAUUGAGUUUGUUAGCUACAGUGUAUCACUGGGUCUUCAAGUUAUGUAAAGAUGAUGAACUAGGUACUCUGUAGCAGGUGCCUCAAAGGUGUUGGGGCCAAGAGUGCAAAGGCAGUAGUACAGUUGAACCACUCCACAAUGGCCACCUUGGGGACAGAAGAAAGUGGCCGUUGUGGAAAGGUGGCCAUUGUGGGGAGGUAGGGGUAUACAGUAAUAUGCAAGGCCGUGCUCUAACAGCGCCCGGUCAUCUGAGGUGACUAACAUUUAGCUUUGAGUGAGUUAAAAAAAAUUCCCGGUCACCUGGCUGGGCACUCUGGCUACUUCUAGUAUAGUGUUGAGUUAAGCAGGCAGAAAAAUUUAACAUGGUGGUGUUGGCUUGUUGAGCCAGAGUCUACUAAACGCCACAGAAAAUGUUUUUUGUAUGAAACAAACAGGCACGCGUCGAGGUUCAAAAGUCAUUCUGCACGAUUUCACAUGUAACGUAAUCCGUCACUUUGAACGUGACAAGCAGCAUGGAUUUCGAUUUGUACUGUUUCUCAAAAUAGUUUUAAGGUGGCUCGACUGGAUUUUUUGGGGGGAUACCUCCCAAGUUUGAGAAUUAACUAUGUUGGCAUGAGUGAAGAUAUGGGAAAAAGGUUACCACAACUGUAUUAUAUAAAGAUAAAAAUAUCUUAUGAUCUGGGUUUUAUUGUAUUUGGAGUAGCCAUGGCAACGUAACAACGCCAUUACGUUUUGUUAAUUAUGUUUGUGUUUCUCUGUACCAGGAGUUUUUUUAAGAAAUCGCUUGAGGGAGUUUGUACCUGCCAUAUUUGCCUCAAUUAUGGUAAAGUUUGAAAAAAUUAUACGAGAGCAUUUCCGAAAUAUUUUGAAACGAAGUUUUACGAAUCAUAAAAACAGUGAUCAGAAAUACUAUGUUAUCCAGACAAUUAGCUAUUUUUUAAGAAAAUGAUAAGCUUUGGAAGCGCGGCUUCAUCUCAUAGUGGUUUGAUUCCAUUGAAAACUGCAUACAAAAAAAGAGGGGAAUUACUCUGGGCGAUUGCGAGUAAGAAUAAUUUUAUUAACAAAUAACGAAUUAACGAAUAAGAAGAAUUUUAUUAACUUGCAGAUAAAAACAAUUAACAAAGAUGGCGGCCGGUCACCUCAUUUGGUCGCUCCGGCUUUUUGUCCUUUUCUUUCUCGUAUGCAAAGUUAGGUGUUCAACGGGAACAAGAAAUUGCAAUAUAACGGCCCCUUGUAGGAUGAGAGAAAGUUUUUUUAGUUGUGUAAUCUAUUAUGGUCCAAACCGAGAUGCUGGUUAUAAUACAUGUGAAAUUCCACUCGACUGUAUUCAUCCGAACCCAGGACCUGUGAAGAACCCAUGUGUACUCUGCGAAAGAGCAAUUGCAAAAAACCAUAAGUUUAUUUGCUGAGUCCGUGGGUCGGAAUUGGGGCUGAUCUUCCCAACCAGCCAAAAAUUUGUCAAGAGGGGUUCUGCCCUCAGCAUCGCUGAAAUCCACCUUCGGGAGAUCCUUGAUUGUCAAGCGGGGGGUGUUAUCCUCACCAGCAGCAUCUCCUGAGCCAGAUUUUCGGAGCCUCUCGAUGAGCUUUCACUUAUCCGCUAUCCUUUUCCGCAAUUUUGACUCUUCCUCCUGACGCCGCAAUUCUUCUUCUUCCAGUUCUAAGGAAUCUAACUCAGCUGCCAAGGCGGAGAAAACUGUUUCGCUCAUAGGUGAAGUUUCCAUUUCCUUUUUAGGUGAGGAUUUCUCGAACUCCUCGCAAAACUUUGAGGGAAUACCCCAAUGGUGAUCUUCGCUAGGCGUUUUACACCCUGGACAUUUAACGACUCUGCGAUCUGCCUUGAGGUCUGAAGCAGUUGCCAUGAUCAAAAGAAAAUUACUUGAAAAGCUAAAAGAAGCUUGCUAGAUAGAAGUGCUUGCCUGCUUGCAAAGACUAAAAUGCGCAUAGCCCUAGUUGUCCCAGCUCUAAGAAUUGCUACACUCUAGACUUGUCGCAUAAUGAUUGGUUACUAAAAAUCUUGUGACUACUGCUGAGUUGAAGUAAUUUUACUAAACUGGUGUACUUUACCUAUGACCAAAAAGACCCGCCAGGCCCCCCGUGCGAACGUCGGACAGUGGUCUAGAUUUAUAUUAAUAGAAGUAUCAAUAUCCACGAAGAUUGUCGACUCAAAUUUCACAUUAAAUGUGCUGGAAUUACAGUCAAGAAAUAUUUGCUCAUGGUUUCUGGCAACAAAAGUUGGACCUGUCAACCAUGUUUUUUGAAAUUUAUGCAGGAACUUCUUUUUCACUCCACAUUAUUGAACUCUUCGCAGGCAAAAAAUUUAAAUCUGUCUGCUGUUUCUGAUGUAUCAGAACAAGUGGCGGAUGAACAAGAAGACUUUUCAUUUUUAAGGAAGGAGUAUUGCAAGGAAUUUAUCAUCACUUCUUACAAUAUUAACGAGUAUUAUAGUUUUCCUAGUCAUGUUUUUAGUAUAUGGCUUUUUAGUCAGUCUUAGCUCUUUAUAUUUUAUGUUUUUAAUACCAAAUUUUUUAUAUGUAUCUAUUUAUUGAGUUGUUUUUAAAAUAGAAUAAUAUUAUAUAGUUGUAAUUAUUAUAGAUUUUAUUAUUAUAUUAUAGAUUUUAUUUAUUAUUGUAGAUUUUAUUUAUACAUGUUCGUAUUUUGAACGAGUUUUUUAGCUCUUUGACGCAACAUGUUAAAAUAAAUGAUUGAUUGAUCGAUUGAUUGAUUGAUAUAAACAGUCUGUAAAGCAAAUUUGUAGAGGUUAAGGAAUGGCUCGAUCAGCGAGUGUUUGAUGUAUUUAAUAAUUAAUUCAAGAGACCAAGAUUGAUCGAACAUAUCCCAGUUUCAGGUGNCCCCCCCCCCCCCGCCCCCGACGGGAUUUACAUUGAUAGAUGCAUAAUCGCUUAACAGGAAAACUCAAAAAACUGAACUAGCAGGCACUCUGCUUUGUUUAUCAGGACAAAAUCUCUACUUAUGAGACACUAGUUGUUAAAAAUGGAUAUAGCACAUUAGCAAAUCAAAGACUUGCAAAAACGUUAAAUACAGUGUUUGGAGCAAUUGGGAAUGAGAAAGUACCUACAGGUAUUUCUGAGUUAUUGAUGGCACCUAAUUCCAAUUAUAAUUUACGUGGUGAUGCUAUUUUAAAAUUAUCUAAAGUAAAUUCAACAAAGUAUGGGAUCAAGUCAUGGAGAUACCAGGCUGCCCGACUAUGGAAUAGUAUUCCAAAUAAUUUAAGAAAUAUUGAUAGUUACCGCAGUUUUGAACAUGGACUCAAGGAGCUUGACCUUGCAAGUUUAUAGUCCCUUUCGCAAUUUAACUUAGUUUUUCUUAGUAUUUAAGUAUUAUUUAGUUUCUAUAAUCUUAUUGCAGUUUCCAAGUACUAUGUCAUUUUAAACACUUUUAUGUAGUUGUAAGUUUAUUGACCCUUAUUCGCAAUUUAACCUGGUUUUCUUAGUGUAUAAGUUUAACAAUAAUUUUAUAAUUUUAUGCAGUUUUACAUGGUUUCUAGGCUUGUCUUUAGUUUUGUGACUGAUCUGUAAACUAGCUUUAUAGCUAAGUGUUAGUCAUGUUAAUAAAGUAUGUAUGUAUGUUACAUUCAGCUGCUUUGUUACAGCUUUUGCACGUAAUUUGGUCCAUGCCUACAAAUUUCACAUUUUUUAAAAAACCCCCUGAUAAUUUUUUUUUUAUAAAUUUGACAAUCCUGAGAUCAAUCGCCAAUAAAUAUACCCUGCAAGUUUCAAGAACAUUGGAAACAGGGAAGGCUUUUAAAUAUGGCCUCAGAUAUAACCAAUUUUUCCCCCAGAUUUUGUGUUUACAAGUGAGCAUCCUCAUUAUUCAGUGGCAUUGUUUUCAAGUUUCAUAUGCACGUACACAUUUAGCUAAAAGAGAUAAAUUUGCAUCAAAAAAAACAUUUCGAUUACUUUCCGAAGAAAUAUCUGGAAUAUGCUAAUAAUUGGCUUGUGUCACGGAUAGCAGUGAGAUCCAAAACAGUGAACUUCAUAGCUCAUCGUGUAGGAUGCAAUACUUAAUUAUCUUACUCGGGUAUAGACAUCACAGAAACUCUUACAAAGAGUUGCUGUGAUGUUAUAAUAUAUCACUAAUUUCUUUGCCUGGUUAUUAGCAUAUUCCAGCGAUUUAACUGAGGGUCCUUUUUGAUGCAAAUUCUAUCUUUUUGCUAAAUGUGCAUGUGCAUAUGAAACUUGAAAACAAUGCUAGUGAAUAAUGAGGACACUCAUUUGUAAACACUAUUAAAAUCUGGGGGAAAAAAUUAGUUAUAUUUGAGACCUUAUAUUUAAAAGCCUUCCCUGUACUGUGACAAAAGCAGCUGAACGUAAGUUAAUAAAAUUCUUCUUAUUUGCGAUCGCCCAGAGCAAUUCCCCUCUUUUUUUUUGUAUGUAGUUUUCAAUGGAAUCAAACCACUAUGAGAUGAAGCCGUAUUUCCAAAGCUUAUCAUUUUCUUAAAACAUUAGCUAAUUGUGUGGAUAGCAUGCUUUUUCACUGUUUUUAUGAUUUGUAAAACUUCAUUUCAAAAUAUUUUGAAAAUGCUCUCAUAGAAUUUGUUCACACUUUGCCAAAAUUGAGGCAAUUAUGGCAGGUAUAAACUCCCUUAAGCUAUUUCUUAAAUAAACUCCUGGAACAGAGAAACACAGGAUAAAUAACAAAUUUAAUGGUGUCAUUACGUUGCCAUGGUGACUGCCAUGAUUGCAAUAAAACCCAGAUCAUAAGAAAUUUUCAUCUUUAUAUAAUACAGUUGUGGUAACCUUUUUCCCAUAUAUUUACUUAUGCUGACAUAGUUAAUACUCAAACUUGGGAGCCCCCCGCCCCCCUAAAAAAUCCAGACGAACCACCUUAAAAUUUUUCCUUUCAGAUAGAAGGUACAUUAAUACUCUUCUGACAGGUGUAGAGCACAGCUGGCAACGCGGGGUAAUUUAUUUUUGUGUAAAACGGAAGUCACUGUAUCCCGGUAUGCAAAUUUAAUAACUUAUGAUUGUUUUAUUCCCUGUACAUAAAAUAACAAAAUAGAAAAAGAAAAGAUAUGAUCGUUUUUAUUGUUGUUUUAGAAACAGGCCAGUUCCACGUUGUCUUGGCAUCAUACGUAUCGAAAACUAAAUUCGCAUGCAUGCAUAGGCUAAAUUUAGCGGCGAAAAAAAAAAGCUUGGGAAAGAAGAGCUGGUUUAUACUUCGACCGAAUCCACAAAAAGCUCAGUUAUCCUAAAAGAUUCACUGAUAAUAUAGAAUAGAAAAUUAAAGAUGACUUAUUUUUUAUUAGAAUAUUAGGUUUUGGAUUGAGUUUUCACGGGAACUUGAGUUCGAUCUGCCUUGUGAACUCCAUCACUUAUUUCAUGCCGCCGUGAUUUACCUUUGGAAAAUUUAUUUUCAACUUAAGUAUUAGUAGUAAAAAGCACAGUUUUCCUAUAUUUGACCCAAACAUCUUGAUGAAAAUUAUGUAAACCUGCCGAAAUUGUUACGUUUCCCUCUUUAUAAAACCUGAACAAUUCAGUGGCAUUGCUCACUUUUCUCAUUUUAAAUCUGAAUGGUACGAAAACUUUGAUGGGUUUCAUAGGACAACACGCGAGUUUUUGUCAUGCCCAAAAGCUAAAAUUGCCGAGUUUGGUGAUCAACAGGCCAGUAAAAUUAGGGCAUACAAAAUACUUCUUUGUCAGAUGUACUCGGGUGACCAACUUGGAGCCCUCGGCACCCCAGCUGGAAUCUUUGGGAGUCCAAGGGCUCCCCGAAAUAUUUAUUCAGGCAACCAACUUUGAGGUCUGGGUGUCUUAGCUAAAAUGCUUGGGAGCCUGAGGGGCUCCCUAAAAUUUUCCUUAGAGCACAGCCUUGAAUAUGACACCUGUGUUUUUUUGUAAAUACCCUUUGAAUGAUGUUUUUACAUGUAAUUAAAAUGCUAACAAGCAAGACAAAACGGGUAAAGUUCGCAGCAUUCGUUGUUAGUAUUAUUUUUUUUAAGUGAAAUAAAGUUGUCAAGGGUUGUCUGCUAGAGGGAGUUGUUAUAUAUGGUUCAUACGAAAAAAGUACUGUAUUUACGUUAAUUAAUCAUAAAUGAAUUGUUAAGACUUGCCGCGAUUAAUCAUGAUAGAAGUGCCUUACAGAUCAAAUUUUCUAUCCAGUCUUACUUAACUUAUUCAUCAGUCUCUGUAAAAAAGUGGCUGUUGUCAAGAGGUUAUUUUAGCAGUUGGGGACAUGGUGUUAGUGGCCAUUACCAUUGUCGAGAGGUAGCCAUUGUAGAGAAGUUUAAACAAGAGUCAAUGCAUGAACUGUCUGCUGGGUGAAAAAAAUUGGCAAAUGUAGAGAGGUGGCCGUUGUAGCGGGGUGGCCAUUGUGGAGAAGUGGCUAGUAGUGAAGGUUUGACUGUAUUAAACUAAAGGCCACUGUGGCAAGCCCACAUACCAACCACCUGCAAGCUGGCUCCAUCACAUCUCAAAAGCCACCUGAAACCAUGAUUGGUCAAUAUAGUCUCAAAUGUUCUGAAAGGAUAAGCAAAUUGCAUUUUGACACAGAAAAUGUGAGAUGUGAGAUAGCUAGACCUUGCAGUCACAUCCUCCUUCAAAACCAUUGUUUGGAAACCUGACUGUGUACAAAUGAUACGAUUAUUAGUUAUUUGUUUUUGUAAAAAAUGCAUUUAUAGAUCUGUUCUUCAUUCUUGUUGUAGUCACUUUCACAAGUCCAAACAUUAAAGGAGUUAAUAAAUGCUACUUGCGUUUCUUUUGGAACAUGCAUGGCAGAGAUAUCGGCACCCUUAGAGUUCUUGUGAACACCAAGAAUCCUUUGCUUGGUCCCUAUGGCAGGUGGAUUGACUCAGGUGAGGCUGAAAGUAAAAGAGUUUUUGAGAAUUGCUAUUUUCCUUAAGUUUCUAAACAUACCAAACACUGGAGGAUUUGUGGGAUAAAUUACUGGCUAAUUACACUGAGAGAUAAGCUUUUUAAAACCUUAAUGACAGCCCUGAAUAUAGCCUGCGUAGCAAGCGUUUCCAAUCGAGUUAUUUCCCCUCCCCCUCCCCCGUCAUUUCUUUUUUUUUUGCUCUCGUCCCGACGUUCUCGACGAACUCGCGCGGAAACGCUUGCUACGCAGGCUACCCUGAAUAGUGUCUUGAGGAAAAACCAUGAACAUGAAGAGCUGUUCAAGUUACCCAUUGCAUGUACAUGCUCUUAGUAGGCAGGGAUUAGGAUUAGGCAGCUAGGGGGUUCAUUUGAUUCUACUUUGUGCUUUACGAAUGUAGCUAGGGAUCAUGCACAUAAACGUAAAGGAUUUGUAUGGGAAUUCAGGUAAUAGAUUCAAGAAGAUAAAUAAUCGCUGAAUAAAAAAACACUUUACGUCUGUCAAGAACUUGGUUUGUUCUUGCUUGCCAUUUGGUUAUUUUACUGAUCUGCUGCGAUUAAAGCGAUUUCCUUUACCCCGGACAAGAACGACACAGCAAGCAAGAAGAAACCAAGUAAUUGAGGUAAAGUGAUGUUUUUGUUAUUAUUAUUUAUCUUUUUGAAUCUAUGACCUGAAUUCCCACACAAAUCCUUUAUGUUCAUGGCCAUUUGAGGACUACGCAAUAUGAGCCCGCACAUAUUAAUGAUUAAACUCUAAUAAUUAUAAAACUUGGGCUGCCUGUGGUUACACAAAUCAUGUAAGUGUAAGACUAUUUUGUUCCCUUUUUUUGCAGGAUGGAAUAUGACAGGAUCUCAAGGCAAUAUCUGGCGAGCAGCUUUCGUAAAUCUAGAGUUGGAGAAAAAGAUGUAUCAGAUACGAUUUAAGCAUUCUUUGCCUGAAAACUCAGGCUGUGGUCUCCCUCCAUGUCCUGAAUGCAAACCCAUGAAUAAGUGUCCAAAUGCCAAUGUUGCCAUUGCAGGCAUCAGGCUGGACUGCCAGAAAGAUGCCCCAGAAGUUCCCCUUGAGACUUGCAGAAUGAGAGAAGUACCACUAGCAGGAUGUGAAAUUCUGGCUGUGAGUCCUUCUAGCAAGGGUAAGUCUCAAAUUACAUGUAUGAGUUUAAGGACAGUGUACAAGACUAUAGAGCUGUCAUUAAUAUUGAUGUGACAGUAGCCUGCGAUCAUGCCCUCUCCCUUUAUCUCUGUUAAAUCUGUUUUCGGGAGGAGGGCAUGAUACAAUUCUUUCACAGAACACAUGCAAAAAAGGCCAGAAUCUGGACUUCUUUCUGAUUGGCUAGGAAAACAAAUGGAUGAUUUGUGCUGUUCCGAUUGGCCAAAAUGCCGCCAUCCAUUAGUUGUUGUUGAUUUCAGUCCGCAUUUUUGCUUAGCAGUGAAUACACACACGAGUUCGUUAUGAAAUUUCUGCCGGCUCUGACAGUUUUUUUGAAUUUGAAAAAUGUCUAAAUUUUUAUAAAUUGUAUCCAUUGAAAUAUUUUCCAUCUCAUCGUGUACUAAAAAGUUGCAGUCAAAAAUUCACCGAUCAUUGAAUGCAAUUUGAUACCAGGUACAAGUUACAGAAGCGACUAACAGAUUCACUUUUCAAAUAAUCAAUUCAUGAAUGGUUUGACUGUAAUUCCUCCUUCAGAAACCUGUGAAUUAUUCUGAGCGAUCUUCGCUUUCGUGACACUUUUUAGUUCGUGAAAUAUGGUGUACGAACAAGAAGUGAUUUUGAAAAGCAUUUCACUAUAAAAAAUUGCGAUAAAACAUUUCUUAAAAUCAUUUUAAGAUUAAAAAAAUUGCUAAAAAGCGACGACGUUUCGACGUUAGCUGAACGUCAUUAUCAAGUCAAAAUAAGUUAGUGAUUUUUGGUCUAUAAAUACUAAAAAAACAACAAUAGCUGAUUAAAAAUUGUAACGUGAGAAAAUAUUAAACAAAGAGUUUCGCACGUAUGGAGUCCGUCUGAAUAUUUAAAUUGGGCUUAAGUUUCUUGAUGAAGAGCAUUUCAAAUACUAAACAAUCAAAUUUGCUCUGGCACUUUCUUAAAACCGUGAAUUGGCUUUCUCUCAAAAGGUUGUUGUUACCGUGAGCUUCUAAGAAAUGUCUACCGAUUGCCGAAUUUUUGUGCUCAGCAAUGCGUUGAUGAAGGUGUCGGGCUGUGUACCCGACAUAAUCUGCAUCGCACAGAUCACAUGAAAAAUUGUAAACAACACACUGUUUAUUAAAUCACGAGUAUGAUUACAGACCGAGUUGGACGACUCAAAGUUCUGUUACCAAUUAAUCAUAACUUUAACAAAAGUUGUGAUAUAUAAGGCCCUUUUUUGAAAUCAAAACAGAAGAAAUGCCAAUUUUUUUGCUAGUAGUGAAAAAAAAGCCAUUUAAGCACGCGCUUGAUGGCGCGUACUGUCCAAUUACUUGGGCAUGACGCGUACUGUCCUAUUAAAUUGUCCAAUUAAGGCUGAAAUCAGGGCAGUUGGUAGCCAAUCAGAUUUGAGAAUUUUGUUAUAGUUAUGAUUACGUUUAGUAUUGCAAUGCUGAUAGUGUCUUUUGCUAUAUACUCAUAGGUCCUGCCUAUAGUACUGAGACAGUCGUUUCGGAUAACUAUGUGAAAGCAAAUGGUUCCUUGUAUGACCUGAUAGCUAGUUAUGAAUUUAAGGUGACUUUCUUGGCUGAUUUUGUUGUGUGGAAACAAAUGUUUGCAACCUCAAACAAAACCAACGACAUCUCGUUUAGAAUUGAUGAGGGGGACUGGGUACAUUGGAUCCCACCACAGAAAGCUUCUCAUGCCUUGUGGACACAAUAUUACCAUCAGGUAUGAAACAAUUAUUUUAGGCCUACAGUAACUCUUCUGCUAAUAGAGACCUUUAGAUUCUAAGACGAGAACGACUGCAAGGACGAGAUUGCCUCAAUACUAAGUAGUGCGCGCACGUGAAUCAGUGUCAUUUUGGCCGGAAAACUUGAUAGUCGUCAUCAUCAACUCGUAGUAGAGUGUACUACGAGUUUUGGUGAGAAUGUCGUAGUGGCAGAAACAAGUUAUCAAGUGUUAGAAGUUUUAUCAUUUUGCGAUCGGGAGAGGGAUUAACCCUGCUUCAGUAAAGAUAACAGUGCUAACUUUGCUGGUGGAAAAAAUGCAAUGAAGCUUUCUAGGGUGUCUAUUUUUUAGAAUGCGCGAAAAAUACUUUCAGUUGAAAAUCUCGUACUCGUUGUCGUUCUCGUCCUCGAACCUAAAGGUUUCUUAUCUGAUCUUACUGUAUAUGGAGCGCUUUUCCUCCGUGCAUGUGCACUGCAUUUUCAUGGUUUGUCAUCAUGCAUGACUACAGUCAAGCCAGGGUUCAAAAUAACGCCUGGUCGUUGUCUGGCCUAGAUGACAUUUUGUCCGGUCAAACUUUCCAAAACACUCCUCCUAAACUUCCAUCAUUCCACAAUGUCUCUGUAAAAUUUUAUCUUAAUUGCCUCUAAAACAGCUGAGAUAUAAGCUUUUUAAAAUAUGUAGCGCAAGCAAACGUUUGCCUAUGAAUUUAUUCAUAGAUAGGUUUCACCCGCGGCCUUGAGCCCCCUUAUUUUGUAUAAAGUACUAGAUAAUCACUGAUCAGCCAAUUGACUUUCAUUUUUGCAGUUAAUAAAUAUUGAUUGAUCAUAGCCUGCUUGCAAGCUCUCCGUUUAUGGCGAGCGAACUCGCGAGCGAGCGACGAAUCUCGCACUCGCGUCUCCUUUCGCCUGCUGCUCUCGCAUGACUUCUCGCGACUCACCCAAAUGGAGAGCCUGCUCGCAGACUAGAUUGAUCAAUACAUAACACCAAUCCCUCAUGCGAUUUUCAGACGUUUACUCUGAAUCCUGGUAUCCACACAAUAUCCUUACGUCAAGUAGAAAAAGGCUUCCGCCUCCUAAAGCUUGCUGUUGUACCAGUCACCAUAUCUGUGUGGACUGACUUAGGAAUGCAGAGUCGGUAUAUUCCAGACAGCUUUCUAGAUGGCCAUCCUUCCUCUCAUCCACCAGCAAGAUUUGGUCGAAUUCAUGCUAAAGGUUGGAUCCUUACUUAAACACCUGAUUGAACGAUGAGGCCUUAUGGAUUUUUUGGGUGAACUGAAGUUUAUUAGCAUUGCAAAUUCAAAUUUCUUACAAGGCUAAGUCUACAUGAAUCCGGAUAUCCAAAUUCGGUCACCUAAACCGGUUUAAGACCCGUCCAUGCGAAUCCGGGUAAAGAACAUGCGGUGUUAAAAAUCUCCGGACUCGUGUGGACAUGACCCAAAAGAGCUUACAUUAUCACAAGCUACUCGCGUCGUUACAUUAGCCCAAUGUAGUAGUUGAAUGCCCCUCUCAAAGAAGAAUUGUUUUGCAGAUUGCGAAUUCGAAAAAUAGACUUGAGUGAAUUUUCCGGACUUCACAUGAUGUUGAUCGGCAAUUGAACUACAACACUAGAUCUCGUUUUCAUACAUAAUACCGUAAAAAACGCAUACUUGUAGCCUUUAAAAUGUAGCCUUUUAAGUCUUUGCCGAACAAGCCAUUCGCUUCAAAAAGCUGUUCCUUUAUCUUAAACUCCUCCAUCUCACUAUGAGAAUAGCCUGCGUAGCCGCGGCGCUCGCUUCCCGUGGCAUAGCCACGAGAAUGGUAUCUUGUGUACAGACCCCUACCCCUCCCCUCAGGAGGAGGGGAGGGGUUGGGGGGUCUGUUUACAGGCUACGAGAAUGGCGGGUUCGCCGCCAAACUCCCACACGCAAAAACAAUCCCUCCAGCUGCGCAGGUUACUAUGAGAGAGAUGGCAUCUAUCGAACCACGUCGUGAGUCCCGGAUUGUCCAAAGAUGUUAAACUUGACAUUUCUGGUUUAAAUUUCCCACUCCACCCAGGCAAUGGUCAAAUUACCCACUCCGCUGGCACAAGUGACGGUCCAAUGCCCUGGGCUUGCCCCAGAAGGAGGGGCGGGGGGUUUGUUGAAGUUUCAAAUUGAUCGGCACAAAAGUCAACAGAAUCACCUGUUUCUUCGGUGCUCGUUAUAGAGCGUAACCACAUCGCAAAGGUACACUUGAAAAGUUUUUUUGGAAUGAGUUCAGAAACAAAGUACUCCGAAAAUUUGCAUCUGCAAGAGAAGCUCAUGAUAAUCAGAAUAAUGUGAGCUCUUUAGGGUAAAAAAAAAUUGAAUUUCCUGUGUUAAAAAAGGUAUUCCCAUAAGUCCUUGAAGCCUCAUCAUUCAUGGUUUCUACUUUUUAAGCGACUUUUUUCAGUCAGGUAUAUUCAGUUUAUGCUAUCAGGGCUGUCACUAAGAUUUCAAGUGGCCAGGUACUAUUUAAUCAAAAGGCGCAGUAAUUAACAGCUAGAAGAUUCCACUAGUCCUAUUUUCUGUUUGUUUCCUAUGAACGUAGCGGGGGAAUAACUGAGGAUAAUCUUCAGCCACGCCCUUAAUGACAGCCCUGUGCUAUGAUAAGAGAAAACUGGCGGCAUUAUUACUUUUCUCUUAUGGUUUUGUUAACUGGACCUCUUUGCGAAUAGGCGAAUCUUUGUUCACAUCUUUAGCCUCAUCAGCAUAUGCCUUUCAUUCUCUUAUCAAGCUUAUUGAAAUAAACUAUCUUCUCAUUGAUAUAUAAAUAUGGAAUGAGUAUAACAAUUUCCGUUGUCUGUGAAAAUUUGAGCCCGAUAAUUAACAAUUAGUCGCCGUAGGCGACGUGAAUAUCCGCGAAUAGUCACCGAGACGAAGUCAAGGUGACUAUUCGCCGAUUUUCACGUCGCCUGAGGCGAGUUAUUGUUUUAGUAUAAUUACAUUGAUGAUUAUUCGAGAAAAUAAAAUUAUUGAUCAAUAUCUGACUCCGAAACAUCAACACAUCUGGCUGCCAUUUUGAAAACUGCUAGCCUUCAAUGUUAUAAUCACCGCGCGGUGAUUAUAGCGGGAUGAAGCGAAGCUCCUAGCCAAUCAUAGCGCUCUAUUUUCGAUAAUCAUCAAAUGCAAUUAUACUAAUGUAAAAUAGUUUCGGAUACAAGAUGUAUGGGCUCAUUAUAAACGUUUUUGCCACCCAGCAAUUUCGCAGUUUACGAUGGCUGCUAUUUCCUUUGUUAUUGCUUGCAAAGAGCUGAAAAUUGCACAAAUUGCUAAAAUUGGCCAACUCUUGCAGCUUUUGAAUUUAAUUCGUGCAUACGAUGACCUCUUUCAUAAGUUAACUCGAAUGCUAAUGAGCAAAAAUGUAAACAAUGACGGCAGUAAAGAUUCGUCUGUAGCCGGGCCACUUUCACGAUGAUGUCAAUUAACUACAGCAACAAGAACUCACUUCUUUCAAUGGUAUUUUCUAGGGUAUGUUAUGAUAUUGACACUAUCACAUGAGAUGCAUUUAGAGUUGCUGGAGUAAUGGGUUUUGUAAUGAGUUUCCAAGGGAGCGAGAAUCAAAGUUCCCUUUUGUAAAAAAAUCAAGAUUUUAAUACAAAUAUUGUUGUUGAGAUAUCAGCUCUGUUAUGCUGUGAUGAUUCGAAUGGCAUCAUCGGAGUGAAAAAAAGGUGAUAACACCUCACCAUGAAACUGUAGGGAAAAACUGGUUUUUGCUAUAGCCUGUUCCAGGUGUUCAGAUUGACGAAAAGAUGUGAGUAGGGAAAACAGCGAGGGGGUGGGGUAGGUAGGGGUGAGAGUCCUUUCCUAUCUCCCUCUCCCUCUCUUCCUCCUUUUUUUGUUUUGUUUUGUUUUUUUGUUUUGUUUUUCCUUGCUCUAUGACUUCGUGCCGCACUCUUCUAUCUGAACGCCUGGAACAGGCCAUUUUCACUGAGGACGCAUUUCCAUCUUGUAUUUAUAGAUCCAGCAGUCUAGGAUUUUUGGCGUCAUCACUUUUUUGGACUGGACUGUCAAUACAUAAUGAUUUGGAGAGGCAUAAGCAUGUUAAAACUGGCGAAAUAAAGUUCCGACGUUUCGGCUACCUUAUGACGCCAUUAUUAAGGAAUGGAAAUAAAUGCGAGUUCAAAAGGAGUUAAAGUACUCUAAAUUUACAUAAGUGAAAAUUAAAGCCAGACAAAGACUUUAGCACGGAUUAAAUCCGUUUCCACGUUCAGAGGCGGUCUUCAUUGUUUGAUGUAACAAGACAGUCAAAUUUGUUCUUGCAUUUUUUCAGCACUCUAAAGCAGCUGAGAAGGUCCUCAGGGACGGUGCCGACUAUUUCCCUUUCGUAAACUGUCGUUGCCAUUUCAACGGUGGAUGCAACCAUUGGUAGCCGAGCCUUUAGUCGUGAUAGAUGUAAUAUAUUUCCUGGAUUAAGUUACAAUAAAGCAAAUAAUAUGUUUUCAAAUAGUCUUAGAAAGAACGACCUUGAAGCCUAAGUUGAAUUUACGUUAAAAGUUAUUGAAAGGGCUAAGGCUGUUAUUGAUGUAACAGUUAAGAAAGACAGGUGCUAGUUUAUAUACUUAAAUUUUUUUUGAAUUUUGGUGGUCUGUGUGGUAGUGUAGUGGUAAGGAAGAGAGAUUGGGAUUUGAGGUCCGGGUUCGAUCCUGGGACGCGAUUUUCUUUCUUUUUAAUAGAAACGCUCUCAAUGACAGGUCAAAAAAUUUUCUAAGUGUCUUAAAAAUGGCAGCGACCGUUUACGAAAGGGACAACUGCGACGGCGCCUGCGUGGUCUGUAUCGAUCGUAGUGUUUGCGCACGUAAAAUGAUGUGACCAUUUUUGAUGAACUGUUGAUGACAGUAACUGACCUUUAACAGUCUGUAUGGCUGCUGUUAUCUUUAAUCUAAAUUGUAACCUUUGUUUAAAUCAUUUUAGAUGCUUGGUGUUCCACAGACCAAAAUCCAGGGUUCGUGUACUUCCAGGUUAAGCUGCCACAGCUGGCUCUUGUUUCACGUAUAUCAGUGCAAGGUGGCCGGGAUAUUCUGCUAAGUCAAAACAACUACUGGAUCAAAAGGUAACCUAAGGGCUGUUUACAUGGAGGGAGGGAGAUCUUAGCACCAGGAAAAUCCUAGAAGGCGGAUCAACUUAGCGCCAUAUGUUUUCUGUAUUCAGUUCACAAACAAGGGUUGCACUGUUCCCUAGCGUUAGGAUCUUCUUAGCACUAUGAUCUUCUUAGCUGAGGGGUAGGAAGAUCCUAGCACCAUGUAAACUACUUUCGCUAGAAAGAUCCUAGUACUAGGGACAAACCAGAGAAAAAUGACGGUGGGUCGUUCAAACCGGUGAUUUCCACUGGAGUUACCACGUGCUGAUUAUUGUGAUAAUUCUGUUGUAUUUAGCACGAAAGUACCUAGUUGGGGACACUAUUUCUACGUCUCCUACUGGAGACGGGACCACCAGUUUACGUGGUCGUCUGAGCCACACGAAGGUCUAGCCAUCUGCAGGGGAAAGGCAGUACCUUCAUUCAGGGUGUCCAGUUCCAAUUUUUCCCUAUUUUUUAAGCCUAUUCCUAUUUUCUCCUAUUUUUUAACUAAAACCUCCUAUUUUUCCUAUUUUUUAACUUGUGAAGCCCAAAUUUGUAACAAAAUUGAAAAUGAAAUUAUAGUUGUAUGUGUUUUAGAGUGAGAUUUAGCAUAAAGCAAGUUGAUGUUCUAAUAUUACCAAAAGUAAUAGUUACAUUUGUUCUUUCCAUGAUCUCUAUUGCUUUUUUGAGUUCUGUUAACGACUGUGUUAUGUUGUUACUUUUUGUAUGAUUUUCUAGUGCACCUACAUGUAUUGUAUGUAUAGAGAAUACUUCAUGGAAAGUGCUGGCGUACGGUAUUUACGCACGAGUUGUUGAGGUAUCAGAAAUCGAACGAGUGAGAGCAGCGAACGAGUACGAUUUCUGAUACAAAAACGAGUGCGUAAAUACAGUACAAAGCACUUUCCAUGUGAUUUUGUGUUUAUUAUAUACAUACUGAGACAUUCAUCAUUUUGGCGGCCUUUUUAUUUUAAAUCUUUCAAAAAUGCAAAAUUUGCCGCUACACACUUACCGCAAAAUGACAACGAAAACGAAGUAUCAGCUUUUUAGUAAAAACGUUUGUUAAAAACAGAAAUGACGGUGAGGAUAUGAUGUAAUCCAAGAACUAUAAGUAAUCUUAACUGUUUCUUCUCAAUGCACAAUUGAAAAUGAGUGAAUUUAAGUAAAAUGGCCGGUUUCAAUAUAAGCUUAAGCUUAAAUGAAAAGCAAAGUAGCUCCGACGAAAAGCACAACAAAAGCUUACGUCUCGUUCUGUUUCUCCCUUUCCGCUGUUGUUUCGCCGCCCCUCUACCGUUUUCUUUAUCGACAGUGAAACAAACGAAACUAUUCCACUCCAUUUCCGAAAUGUUUUUCACUUUUUUAGCGAGAAAAACUCUUUGACUAAAACUUUUCUCGUUGAAUGUGUGCGAAGCGGCGCUGCAAGCUGCAAUAAAAGGCGGAAAUUUUGGCGCGAAACACAAACACCUCUGUGGCUUCUGAUUGGACGUAUCAUUUUUCUCACAUGUGAAAAAACAUCGUUCGCGAUUCUGAUUGGACGUAUCAUUUUUUUCACGUGUAAAAACCAUCGUUCGCUCCUCUGAUUGGCUAGAACUCAUUUGCGUACGAAAAUUUACGUAUACAAUGUACUUCUCAUGACUGUCGAAUAAUAUUGUGCAUAGCCCACUGAAACUGCAUUUCAGUAUUUGGACAUGUUAUAUUUUAUUUCGAAGUCUUGCUCGCUUUAUGUUCAUCUUUGAAACUGAAAACAGGAUCCAGUUGUCCUCUCACAACACAGGUCAGAUAAAUCAUCCAAUCAGCUUCUUGUUUAAAAAACCAAUCACUAGCUGGAUUCUGGAUGCUACAUGAAAAGAACAGACUCAAGUUACGUUUACGGCACUAGCUCUCUUACUGAGCCCUUGUUAACAGCUAUUCCUAAGCAACUGACGAAGGAUCUAAUAUUUUGAUUGCAAAACCGGUCUUGCAGUCAUAGCUAAGCAGAGUGUUACGUUCUUCUUAGAAGUUAACCAUGACACACUUACAAUCUGAUACCAAAUAGAUUAGUGUCAUUUUGCGUACACCGCGGAAAGCCUGGUUCCGUAAUUACAUGUAAAACUAUGCGGUCUUUUGAUUCAAACAAGCAUAUUUUCAACCAGCUACCGAUUGCAGAUUAAUGGACGGAAAGCUUUCCAUAGGACUUUUUAGUCCUAGUUCGAUAUCCUUCAAUAACAACGCAAUCAUAAGAAAUUUCUAUCCUAAGAACUUCAUUCUUCGAAGUUUUUCAAAGAUUUGCGGCCAAUUAGCUCGAAGGGAAUUUACAUAUGAUUACCUUUGAUUAUAGAACCACGCUCGACCUGUAAUCAAGCAUAUCAUUCUGAUUACAGAGUAACUGAGCCAAUAAACUAAACGUUCAAAUAUUGAUCACUCCUUCUAAACCGCGAAAGUUGAUCUAAAUCCUGCGAACGUAGGAGCUGAGGACUCGUAGCCUUUAUUACAACCCUAAUGGGGUGCAGGGAGACUAUCUUUGUGGACGAAAGUACUAUUGAUUUUCCUAUUUUUCUCCUAUUUUUUAAUACAAAGUUUCCUAUUUUUCCUAUUUUCUCAAUCCUGAGUUUCCUAUUUUCUUAUUUUUUUGAGCAUCCAUGGCACUGGACACCCUGUUCAUUUCUCAGUUAUUUUGAGACCCUGAGUAAUGGUCAGGCCCCGGGAAUUGAACCCAGGACCUCCCGCUCCGCAGUCAAGCGCUCUACUGACUGAGCUGAUCCUGCCGCGUUUAAAUCCUGCCGGGUUAGUUAUUAACGCUUAGUAAAGAGAACAGAAGAACCCAAAUUACAUAUUUGUUUUUGUCGCCCGCCAUCUUUAAUUCCUUCUUUACAUGGGCACCACACGGACCGAAAUUUCUACAUGUAAAUCCAACGAAAAGUUGUCCCGCCUUAUAGGAUCUUGCUUUUACUUUGAUCUUCCGCCCUCCAUAUAAACAGCGCCCCUUAGCAGCUAAUUGCUACUUAUUUGAAAUAAGCCCUGAGAUGCUUGAAGGGCACGAAACCUACUCUUUAGAGGUCUUGGUUGUUUACCAUAACUUUUGCAUGAGCAAACCGGUCGUUUCACAUUUUGAGCAAAUGGUUAUGAUACAUUUGACAAAGAAAAAUUAGUGACUUGGAGUAAUCGCGAUGAAGACUUAAAGAACGUAAAUUCACUUUUUUCAGCGACGUUUCGCCGCCGUCGCCGUCGCCGUCUUCUGAUCUUAAUUAACGUCCCCACUUUUUUUUUCCCUAGACGUGGCGCUCAUCACAGACUCAUGUUUGAGAUGAGGCUCUCGUCUUGCCCAGGAAGAGAGGUUGGUAACCUACUUUUGAGCACUACUGUAUUUUCUGUAGUUUCAGAAUGAAGAUCUCUUUAGAUGGUGAAAAAUACACCUGGUACAGGGACACUAAAGGUGCAAAAGGUCGACGCAAAUUUGAAGCUAAUAGAGGUACAACUUGGUAAUACAGCCACCUGUAAAACAUACGCUUACCCGCAACUAAGAACCUGUUUAUUAAGAACUGGCUAGGCUAAAAUUUACCUGUUAGGCUCACUCUAUACAAGAACCUGUUUAGCCUAAGAUUUGGAAAAGGUUCCUAUUUUCUAAAGUCUACAAAAAAAUUCUGUACGAUUGGCAAAUAAGAUAAGUCAGCAUUCAGUUUCUUCUUUGGAGGCAUAGCUGCCCUAUCACUCCAAUUGCAAUGCAGUGGUAUGUAGAUUUUAUAUAAGGAAUAAGGUAAAUACCACUUAAUGCUCUAAGCUACAAUGUAUUUUUUUCUUAUUCAGAAAAUAAGAACUUAUUUGAGAACCAAAAUAGCCUAAGGUUGUGCUAAUAACCAUUUAUGUUAGAACCGUUUAGGCUAAGUUGGGAAAAUGCAGGUUCUUAGUGGCGGGUUUUUUACUGUAUGUGAAAUUAUCCCGCACAUCAUUAACCUUUGCUGGUUUUAGUUACUUUACAUGCGUACGGAAAGGUAUGAUGUACAUGUUACAGGUCAAAUUUGAUUUCAGGUCACGUAAAAUUUUUUAACCUAGGUUGAUUCUCAAUUUCCUUUGUCUUCUAGGGCUCGGAGACAAUUGAAACUGAAAGUUAACCCAUUAGGUCAUAUCAAAAUCAACCUGAAAUCAAGUUUGACCUGUAAUAUAACACAUAUAGUCAUUUUGCUUGUUUUUUGUUUUUUGUUUUUAAUAACCUUUUAUCUUGAUGUAUCGUUUUCAAUUCGUGAAUAUCAGAAGGGAUUCGUUUUACGCAGAAAAUCCGGCUAAUUAUGCCUAGGGAUGGAUAAAUUCAAAGACGGUAAGGCCAUUUCUCGACUGACAGUCUAAAAUAUUAUUGUCAAAGAGAGACGAUCCACAAGUUCUUCACAACUCAGGGUGUAUUUCUGCGUGUGUCAAGUUUCAUGCUCCCCGCGUAGCAAAUGCUUUCAGUUUGGCUCGAAAAUCAAAGCGAAUUUUGUUUUUCAUAUGUUGUUUCUCACUCAUUCAGUUUCGCUUAAACGAUAUUUGUGGAAAGUGGUGUCUGAAUCUAAGAAGUUGCGAAAGUUACCGAGUAGCCUGUGCCAGGCCCUCAGAUAGUAGGGAUGUCGCGAAAAGACGUGCGUUUUUUACAUCACUUUUUACUGCACGACUGUGCUAUUAUUUUGGAGCCUGGAGCAGACUAGAUACCGAGCAGAUGCUGAAGUAACAAACGUCAUUUCUCGAUUACGAAAGAUGAUGGAAAAAUCAUGGGAUUUAUUGGAAACAGCGUCCAUUUGGGAUAAACAAACAAACAAACUUGUGAAUAAAGCUGCCAACGAUUCCGCCCGGGUUAGCGGGCAAGAUCGUAAAAAACUGCCCGCUCUCGGAACCAAUCAGAUUGCAGGAUUUGGAGGAUUCCGCCCGCUCGCAAGCUUAGAAAAAAAUAAAAUACGAUAUUGGACGAUGCAGACGCUGCGAAUCGUAAUAACUUUGUCCCAUCUCAGAGCUUUUCGUGAUGCUCUCCGGGAAACUUUCCUCAAGGUGACCAAUGUCUAAAAGUAAACUGCUAAACGGCACCGAAACCAGCUUCAGGCGCGCACUGAUUUCAAAUAACUGUCACUUGUAUUAAAGAGAGAAUUGUGGGUAGGGACAAAAAAAAAAAUUGGGAGGGAGUGGGGGGGGGGGGGGGUGGGAGUGGGGGGGGGGGGUAAGAUAAUUCUGUCAACAUCCACCUUCUACAAAAAUCCCUAACCACAAAACCAGCGAAAAAACAUAGCCAAACAACACAGUAAACAAGCUAUUAGACAGGAGAAGUUGAAAAAAAUUACAAAAUGUUUGCUAACCCGGUUUUCACAACUCCAGGUAGACUUAUAAAAUACGUUGUAAUAAUUUAUGCAUUUGGUUCAGUGAAUGAAAAGUUCGGCAUCUGAAUCAAAGUCGUUUCAAAGUCGCUCCAAAGGCGAAAUUCCCGGUCGGGCUAGGCAAAAAGAACGGCUGAGCCGUUCCAAAUUGAAACAGGCGUUCCUAAUUGACUCAGACGCCGAACUUUUCAUGUACUUAAUUCAAUGUAUUAGGUUCGGCUCAUGAAAAGUUCGGCGUCUAAACCGGGCCUAACUGUACUUUGAACUUUCAUACUCUAGAUGGCUCAACUAUACAAAAUCAUACUUUGAUGUUUGCUGCUCCGGUUCGUGGGAUAAGAAUCUACCCAACGGAAUGGGAAAACUGGAUUUGCUUACGUGCAGAGCUGUAUGGAUUUUAUUUGGGCAGUGAAAUGUGUGCUUCCAGUGGCCCUGUGGAUGCAACAAGCUCAUCUUGUGUUGGGGAUAGAAACUGCGGUCAGAAUGCCGAGUGUACUACAGUUCCAAGUCAGGGUACGUACAUGAAGACAACAACAACAACAACAACAAUAUUGGUUUGCAUUCCCUUUUACAUACUGGCAUUACAGAAAACAAAAAAUAAAAUAAAAAUGAAUAAAGGAUAAUAGUAGAAAAAUACAGCAAUGAAAUUGCAAAAUAAAUAGUCAAUAAUAAUUAGUUACAAUAUCUUGACUUUUGUUUCCUUUUCUUGAAAGAUUCGAAAACAAAAUAACCUAAUUUUUUACAAAUAUAAGGGUCUACUUUAUUACAAAGGAAUAAUAUUUUGUCUUGUUCAUUUAGAGUAUUAAAGAUAGCAUAUUUCGAGAUUAUAUAAUUAAAAAACGUUUUCCGUAUACACGAAUAAGAAUUACAGUGAAGUAGAAAGUGAACCUCAUUUUCGACCUCAUUAAAUGAACAAUUUUUGCAAAUUCUUAGAUUUUUCCGGAAGUUUCGGGACAGAAUGUCUGCAUGUACAUGUUUAUUUCAAAAUGUUGUUCCUUUUAAGUUUUGGGCAAACAAAUGUGAUGUCCCGGUUAACUCACAAGGUAAAGGUCAUUAUGUUUCGUGGACUCGGUAACUAGUAAUAAUAUUUAAACUGACAGACCUGAGGCUGACAGUGGGAAUCGAAUUCGAAACCUCCCUCACAAGAGGCCGCGUACUAAACGACAGAUCCUUGCUCACUGAUGAGGACCUUAAGAUUUAGAUGAAAAUGUUCAGUGGUUUCAAAAUAAAUUGAAGGGGCGCUUAAAAAAGACCGUUACAGUACAGUACUGCGACCGGGGAGUUCUAGUCGUUAAGUUUAUACACUGUAAUAAAUGAACCGUGGAGUUACGUUUGAAACGUGAUAACGUAUUUAUUGGCCAGAAAGUUUAUUUAAGGUAAUUCCCUUUGAAAAGGAUGUAGUACCAAGAUUUUUUUCAAACUUGGCACAAUUGACAGCCAUAUAUAGGACAAUGAAAAACGUCAAUAAAAAGAUGGGGUCACUGUCACAUACCCCCUCUUGACCAAAAGGAAAAAUGACAAACGCCCUCCUCCCCUCCCCAGACUAAAUGAGGAAAGUGAAAUAUGGGCAAUAUGAUGAAAUGGUGCAGAGAUUAGUAGAAAACAAAAACAAGAGGUAACCAAAGGUUCACAGAUUUUAGUGUUUCUGGUGUAAAUUGUGUAAAUGAAAGAAAGUUGUAAGAGAUUAAAGCUAGCUGUGUCUCCCUGGGAAAUUGCAUACCGGGGCCAUGUGGCAGCUUAUAGAUUCAAUAAUAAAAUACUGUUAUCUCUAUUAAGUUAAAUUUGGGACCUAGAUUAGCUAAGAACAAGCCCAAGUCAAAAGAAAACAAACAAAGAAAAAGCCAGCAAAAGGCAGAAGAAGAGCUAUAAAACUGGUGCCAACGAUAUUAAAUGGCCUGAUCAGUUAAGCACAAAAAGAAAAGGGAAUUCAUUGCAAGUCAGCUAACCUCUGAAGAAAGGUUCAAAUACUUUACAUUCAGUGAAAUAUAAAUCUCUUUAAAACAGGAGAUGGAAGUAAAUUUACUAUUUUUAAUUAUUAUGGCCAAAUUGCCAGCUGGAGCAUUGCAUCACCAAGACAAAAAAAAAUGAACACAAUACUUGUUAUGCAUCAGGUCAAAAUUUACCUUGGUUCAAGUUUAUUUUCCUUUUACCAGGGAAUGGUAAGGUCUAUGAAAAUUAGUUUUUACAAAAGAAAAAUAUAAUUUGAGAUCAGUGGCAGUUUGCCUACUCCACAGAAAGCUUCAGGUUCUGUACUAAAAACUAUGUGGUCGUUUGGCUCAAACAAGCAUCAAUUCUCAACCAGCUACCGCUUGUGGCUUAAUAGAAAGAAAGCCUUCUACAGACAUUGUAGUCCUUCAUCGAUAUCAUUUAAUGACACCGCAAUCGUAAGAAGUUUCUAUCCUAAGAAAUUCCAUCCUUGAUGUAAAUCAAAGAAGCUUUCUAAAGAUUUGCCGCCAACUUAAUGGGAAUUUGCAUAUGAUCACUUUUGAUUAAAGAACCGUGCUCGACCUGUAGUCAUUCUGAUUGAAGCGUAACUGCAGAGCCAACAAACCAAAUAUUACUGAUCGUUUUUACUCCUUCUAAGUUGCGAAAGUUGAUUUAAGCCUUGCGAACAUAGAAGCUGAGGACUUAAUCAUAACUUUAAAACCUUUGAAAGAGAGAAAGGGUUAAUUUUGAUGAUAAUGAUGGUAGAUAGAUAGUUAGAUAACUUUAUUUAAACACGGUUAAAAUUCCUUCAGCAUGUACAAAAAAAAAAAAUCUAAGAUCUAUUAUACCUAACUAAACUAACUCUGAUUAAAAAUAUAUUCAUAAAAUUUUAACUACCUAGCUAUUUACAAUUAAAAGCUGCUUUUCAAGGAUGCCGUGUAAAACUGUAUUAAUGUAUGAUCUGAUUCAAAACUGUUGCGACACAGUUUGCGUUUAAAAUCAUGUAAAGAAUCUGCAGAUCUUAAAUCAUGGGAUAGGCUGUGCUACAGCUUAGCUCCGCUAUAGGAGAAACUUUUCUUUAAAUAAUUGGUACGGGGCAGCGGAAGGACUAAUUUAUUUUCAGUAUUCCUCAAUCGAUAAGAAGUUAUUUCGUCACGAGAUACAAAUUUAGAUGUUAGAUAGUCGGGAGUCAUCCCAUGUACGGUUUUAUACAUCAUAAUAGCCGUCGAUACUUGUCUUUGGUGUUUAAGCUUACGCCAACCCAGUGCCAGGAACAAAUCGUCCACAUUACAAUCAGAAUUAGCGGACAUUAGAAUACGGGCUGCACGAUUUUGGAGCCUCUGCAGCUUAUCGGAAAGACCAAUGCCGCAGUUGCUCCAUACGACAUUACAGUAAUCAAAAUGCGGUUGAAUUAAACUGUCGUAAACAUUAAUUAAUACAUUAAAAGGAAUAAGAUGUCGUAUUCUUUUAAUUGCACCCAAAGCAGAAGCAAUCUUUUUACAAAUACUCUGUAUGUGGCAUUCCCAGCUUAAGUUUUGGUCAAUAUGCACUCCAAGAGAUUUUGCCGUUGACACUUGCAUCACGGGAUGGUCGUUUAUCAUAAAAGAAGGAGUUUCAGAAAGCUUUGAUAGCUUCUGCCUCGACCCAACUAACAUAAACUCAGUUUUAGUCAAGUUAAGGGUCAGUUUGUUAGCCGAUAGCCAUAUAUACACCUUGUUUAAAUCGUCGUUAACGCAGUCAUUUAUGAGUUUUAAAUCUGCGCUGGCAUAGGUUAGGCUGGUGUCAUCGGCAUACAUUCUAGGUUGUGAAAAAUGCAAGCAAUUAGGUAGGUCAUUAAUAUACAGUAAAAACAAUAAAGGUCCAAGAAUUGUUCCCUGGGGAACACCACAUGUAACUAAUUUUGGGUUUGACAUUGAGCAAUUAAUUUGGCAAGUUUGGGUACGAUUGUUUAAAUACGAAGUAAACCAUUCGUGACAGGAACCGCGUAAUCCAUAAUAUUGUAAUUUCGUUAAUAAGAUAUGAUGAUCAACUGUGUCGAAAGCCUUUUUUAAGUCUAAGAAGACAACGGCAUUGACAAGGCCACGAUCAACGUUCACUGCCCAGCUAUCGGUAGCUUCGAGUAAUGCGGUUACAGUAGAAUGUAAAGAACGAAAACCAGAUUGGUAACGGGAUAGAAUACGAUUCUCAGUAAGAUAGUGAUACAACUGGUCGUAGACUACCCGUUCAAAUACUUUGGCCACGACUGGGAUCACCGAUAUUGGUCGAUAAUUGGUGGGAUCAUUUCGUUUACCAGAAUUUUUAUACAAUGGAGUAACCCUAGCCGACUUCCACUCAUCGGGAAAAAUUCCUGUCAACAGUGAUUGAUUAAAUAUUAAAGUAAGAGACUCGGCAAUUAGAUCAGGGCACUCCCUUAAUAAUUUAGCUGAUAUACUAUCUAAUCCAGUGGCCUUUGAUUUACAAAGUUUUGAAAGGAGAGAAUAAAUAUGAGCAGAUGUUAUUUCCUUGAAGACAAACUCAUUAGAAGUUCCACAAAGAAACUCUUCGUAGGUGGUAUCAACAUUCGAAACAUUUCGACUAAGCCUUGGUCCAAUCUCAGUGAAGAAAGUGUUCAACAAUUCAGCAACUUCUGCUUGAUUGCUCGAUUUUAGUCCCUGAUAUUGUAUUUCAUUUAAUAUUGUUUUAUUAGAUUUGCGGGAAGUCAAUUCAUUGAUGGUCUUCCAGGUCUUACGUUGAUCACCGGCAUAAUUAUUAAAAGAAUUAUUAUAAUAGGCCCGUGAUGAGGAUGAUGAUGAUUAUAAUGAUGAUGAUGAUAAUGAAACAAUCUGUGACGUUAUUAAUAGAAGCAGGAUAAAAGUAAAGGUGGUAAUGAUAAUGUAGAUAGAGCUGAGCAAGCGCGUUUGCAUCGAUCUCGCCAGCAGUCUCGAUCUGUCUCCCUAACCUGUGGUAAUAACCAGUAAUAUUUUGUAUAUUUUUAUAUAUUUUCUCCCUUGUCACAGAUUAUAGCAACAACAUACUGAACGUCUCUGGUGAAUCUUGUCAGUGUUACCAUGGAUAUCAUGGCCCCAGUUGUGAACAUUAUGGUUGCUCAUCCAACCCUUGUCUGAAUGGCGGCAACUGCUUUGAGGCAAACGGCACAUUUAAUUGCAAUUGUCUGUUUGGCUACUAUGGCAAUACCUGCCAACAUCCUUGUAAAUCAGGUUACUAUGGUUUCAAUUGCUCUUAUAAAUGUAAUUGCACGGAACAUGGCAGCUGUGAUGUAGCCACGGGUCAUUGCCAUUGCAGGCGAGGUUAUUAUGGGGAAAGCUGCGAAAAGGUCUGCAGUCCUGGCUAUUUUGGUUACAACUGUGCGCAGAGAUGUCAGUGCAAGAACAGUGCAUCAUGUGAUCCUAAACUAGGGUCGUGUAACUGUACCGCAGGGUGGACUGGAGAGGUGUGCGAUAAGCCCUGCCCAUUGAAUACAUGGGGUGUCAGCUGCUCCCAGAACUGUUCUUGUCAGAAGUCGGCCUUGUUUUGUAACAGAUUUACAGGGAACUGCAUUUGCUUGCCAGGAUAUCACGGAGAGUAAGUUCAAGGACUUUUCUUCGAAAGAUGCCUUAUACGUGUUUCUAUUCCCCCUGAAAAUGAUGCUAUUCAGUGACAGAGUUAGGCCCAGCUGCAUGUCACAGUUACCCAUUUUUAGUAAAAUCCAACAAGUGGUCUAUUAUCAAUGAUGCGUUCUGAUUGGUUGGGCUGCUACUAGGCUAUAUGUUAUAGCCCACUAGUAGCGAAAGCGCCAGCUUUUUGGCGGCCAAAAAAGGAUUAGUCUAGCUUUAACCAGCUAAAGUUGUUUUGUCUCGAUAUUUUUGACCAGCUAGUUGGAUUUUACUAAAACAAUUAUUCCUCUCGCCCUCAUGGGCUCUGAGUCAAUAGCCCAUUCGGCCUUCAGCCUCAUGGGCUAUUGACUCAGAGCCCAUUUUGGCUCGAGGAAUAAUUGUUAAAUACACGUAGGAUAUCAAAUCGGACUCGUGCAUAUGAUUUCAGACCAAAUUACACUCCAUUCAGAUCAAUUACCAUUAUUAAUUGGAUAUUUGACAGCCACAGUUUCUAAUCAAUGUAAUUAAAUGUUCCCAACUGAACUGCUAACCGAGUGGAGGUUUUCUCAUACACAGCGACAUCAACGCCUGAUGGAUAUCAAUAGUUAGUGCUCAAAAUAUCACAGUGACUUUCGUGAGACAAUCGAUAAACGAGCCCUCUCAUGAUGUCCGGGAUCAGCAGUCGGAUGUAAUGACCCUCUAGGCCCCAAUAGCACUACCGUAAAUGAUCUAAUUGACACCCGUUCUUAUUUAAACGCUUGUUGCCUAAUAAAUACCCCUUUACGAUGUUAAGUUUCUAUAUAAUAGACGCCCUCCGUGAAAGUUACUCCAAAAUACUUGGAAUUAGCAAAAAGGAGCAACAUGAUUUAAUUUAUUCAGCUUCUUGCUUGAUUAACAAAUGUUUGCGCAUUGCGUCUUGUUCAAUGUCAAGUUCAAAAUAAGAACAGACUGAUGAUAACAACGCAAUCACCCUGAACAAGGAUUCUGACCUCGAAGGUGAAAUUUGAAAGAGCGAUAUGGAUUGCUAAACGCCUCCUAUUUAGUAAAGGUCCCCUCUUGGACCUCCAAAAUUAAAUUAACCCUUUCACUGCCAAAUGUAGCCAAAGGCAAAUUUCGACCAGAUUUCCAAAUUUCAUUUUGUAAAAUUUUGAAAAACAAAUAGCACCAUGUGUAAGUACAGGUAGAGAGCUUUCAUUUGAAUGGUCACAUCAAAGGAUUUCGACCACAGACUCAAAAGUUAAAGUCACCUUACAAAUCUCCAUCAAACAUUCUGGCAGUGAAAGGGUUAACGCAGCGAGUGUCAAGUGGAUCAUUUACGGUAUGCAUAUUCCCCAAACUAAUCUCUAUACAUUGUUUUAUGUUACUGAUGCGAUCAAGAGCUUUUUAGUUCAUCAUUUCUUUAUUCUCAUGACCUUUCUGUUUGAUUCAGUAGUGGAACGGUAAAGAAAAAGUUUGAUACUGGUCUCCCUUCUCACGGGUCGGAGGAUUAAACACUAGACCAUUACCAUUCCGCUAAUAUACCCCUAGAAAGGCAUUAAUAACGUUUUCUCAUUUGCACAGUGAAUGUCAAUAUCCUUGUCCAUCGGGAACGUAUGGCGUCAACUGCAGUUACGAUUGCAAGUGCCAGAACAAUGCAACAUGUUCCAGAAUAGAUGGUACCUGCAACUGUACCCAACCAGGAUGGGCAGGAGUGCUCUGCAAUCGACCCUGCCCUGGGGGAUCAUACGGGGUCAACUGUCUUCGUAAGUGCGAAUGUCGAAAUGGAGGAGCGUGUGAUCGCAAGACAGGUCAGUUUUAUGUACACGUACCUGUGAUAUUCAUGUGUUUGAAUACUUACAAGUAGUCAACCCUCUCUCAGGGUUGAUUUCCACUCCCGCGUAUUAAAUUUUCACGUCCGUAAACAAAAUGGAGACAGUGUAUGAAACGCCGCACUUAAACGUAAAAGUGCCACGAGGUUUCACUUUUACGUUUAGGCACGACUUUCCAUACUUUGCCUGUAUUUUAUUUACGCGCGCAGAAUUUGCGUGCGUACGCUCGUAAGAAAUUUGUGACAGUGGAAAUCCACCCUGAUCCACCUAAGUCUACCCACACUGAAUGUCCGUCUGUCGGGAGUAAAAUGGAUUAAAGAAAGGCAGGGACCAACUCUAGUGUCCAUUUUACCGAGGUGUCCGUCUAAUAAAAGUGCCAGUUAACCCUUAAAGUCCCAAUAGUGACCAAGAUCAAUUUUCUCCUAACAAUAUCCAUACAUAGUCAACAGAUAAGUUAUGAGAAUUAAUAAAAUGAUCACCUAAGUAAAAAUGCCUUGAUCUUUUAACAAAUUUUCUUAACUAAUUCUUUAAGGAAAUGUAUAGAGAUCAGUUUGGAGAAUUUGUAUGUAGAUGCUGGGGUUUUGAUAUCCAUUUACAGUAUCCUGUAUCUGCCGGAGUGGUUUCUUUGGCCAGUUCUGUGACAAGCCUUGUUCUGAGGGCUUCUGGGGCCAGAACUGCUCCAUGACUUGUUCGUGUCUGAACGGUGCGCUGUGUAACUCUGUAAAUGGUCAAUGUACUUGCCGAACUGCUGAUGGCUGUCAGUGCUCUCCAGGCUGGACUGGUAGCGACUGCUCCAAGCCUUGUAAUGAUACCUCGUGGGGAAGUAAUUGUCAGAAUGUCUGCCUAUGUCAACACAAUGGAAUCUGCAAUCAGGUCUGCCAAGCUACAAUUCUGAAUAGCAUGUAAUUGCUUAUUACGAAUCAGGGGCUGUCACUGAGGGCCCGGGGUCGGGAUUUCCCCUGGCUACUAUGAGCACGACCCCCGACUACUUUAGGAGGAAAUAAAGGGAAAAUAGAACAUAAAAUUUAGGUUUCUGGGAAACUACCCACCUCCACCUCUCCCUCCCCUAAGUCAACAUUAACACUUGCUUCUCUCUUAGGGCAAAAUGUCGGGUUAGGGGAGGGGUAGGUGGGCAAUUUCCCAGAAACCUAAAUUCAUCCGAACUUUUUAGCUGCUCAGUUUCCCACCUAUGCAUUUGGCUGGCAAAUCGAAAUCCUAGUGAUAGCCCCGAUAAAUAGUUACCCAACUACUGUGGCUUACAUCGCAGCGAUUUAUAUUUGGAUGGAAAUCUAGCAGUAGCUCUACGUAUUCCUUAAAUUAUGAAAGUAAAACUGAAGCGAUUGGUGUACCAAAUGCACUUUCUAGAUAGCAUUUUUCCCGCGCAGGUCAUCUGCCCCGUGUAUCUGCUCGGGUGUGCGAGUUGCUCAUUGGACUGUCUGCACAAGCCUUGCGUUCUUUUUAAAAAAGCCCAUCGCCCGAUUAAACUGGUUAAACAAUUUUGGAAGUGAGGACCACAGAGUCUUUAUUUAGCUGUUCAACUGACAUGUUCGAUUUUGCGGAGACAGCAGAUGUCGUGGAAAAAGUAAUCUUAUAUUACACUGAACGUCUGUCACACCUCGACACUUCUUAGUAACACAGCUAUGCACGAUAACUAAAGGAAAAUAAAAAUAAAACCACGGACUUGCACACCCGUUUAUAUACAAUUGUUUUCGUUUAUAUUGACCGUUAGCGAUCACUUUCGUUCAACAGGUUAACGGCAGUUGUCACUGUGUACCUGGAUACAAGGGUCCCAAAUGUGAACACUCGUGUCCACAGGGCUACUAUGGUCAGAAGUGUGCUUUUAAGUGUGGAUGCACCGCCUCCCAAUCUACAGGCUGUGAUCCAGUCACUGGCGUCUGCACGUGCAAGCCUGGUUUUACAGGGCGACAUUGCGACGUUCCCUGCCCAGCUGGAAAAUGGGGCUUAAACUGCUCACAAUCUUGCUCAUGUGACCAUGGAGGUUGUAACCCGGUAUCUGGAAACUGCACUUGCGAUCGAGGCUGGAAGGGUCAACGUUGCGAUCAAGUGUGUUCCAACUGUGGUCAGCCGUGUCCACCAUGUUUCCAUGGAAACGGAUCAUGUGAUCAAGUCUCCGGAAAAUGUCUAUGUUUUCCUGGUUACCAGGGAAGCUCUUGUCUAGAGGCCUGCAGUGUGGGUUACUGUGGUGACAAGUGUCAACAGAAAUGUGAUUGUGCAAACGGGGAAACGUGUCACCACGUGACUGGGCAGUGUCUGUGUAAACUGGGCUGGACUGGAGCGCGAUGUAAUGAAGGUAACUAUAAUUGCUGAACAGAAGGAAAAAAUGGUAGCAAUAAUUGCAGUUAAUUUAGGAUGGUUUUCUGUUUGCGAGGUUUGCGAGGUGAGCACAAAGCGCAAGCACAAGCGCUAAACGCAAGCCCAAACGGAGGCACAAAGAAAUAAUUUCCAUUUGGUGCUCGCGUGAUUUAUUUUAAGAAGAUAAAAGCUUUUCUAGUCUACAUUUUGUUUUCAUGAAACCGUUCACGAUAAAGGGUAUUUAGGUAAAAGCGUCGGGCGAAAAUGGCUUACAACGUGGUUUUGUUAACACUGGCUAAACUCCUUUUAAAUAGCCGGCGUCGCUGAUUAAAACCAGAUAAUUCUCACAAAGUCCUGUAACACAUUUGUAAAGUCCUUCAUGAGCAAUUUAUCAGUUUAUAACCAUAACGUUUAAUAUGAUGUGUUGGCAGCCUGUCCUAAAGGAUCAUUUGGCCAUAACUGUACCCAGACAUGUCCCUGUGUUCGUGGAACCUGUGAUCCCAUAAAUGGGCUCUGUGCAUGCCCAUCUGGUUACCAUGGCUACCUAUGCGAUAGGCUGUGUUCAGGUGGAGCUGGCUGCAGUGAGAGGUGUCAGUGUGCCAAUGGAGCUAGGUGUGACUACAUGACAGACCAGUGUGUCUGCCCUGCUGGAUGGACUGGUAAAACGUGUCAGCGGUCUUGUCGCCAAGUGCGGGUUAUUCCCGGAGUAUUUGGGGCGAAUUGUUCUCAAAGGUUAGUGUUCUUUAUUAAAGGCCCGCUUACACAGGCGAUCUUUGGUGUGAUUUCAAAUCAGGCGUGUAAACUAGCGGCAAUUUCUUGGUAAUAUGUGGCUGCGAGGUUGCCGUUAAUUUCGAACGUGAUAGAAUUUUGAUGCUAUUCUCGCAGGAGAAUUACUGUAAACCUACCAUGACAUUGAGUUAACGCGAGAUGCGCCUCGUUACCUUAAGAGGUAACGUACCUUUAGUGCAUGGUAGCUGGAGUGCGCAUCAGGUCUUACGACAAAGAAAGUUUGCUAGCAAUCCCUAGCCACGUAGUCGAGUGCUUUGCUUUUACCGAACGAACUUUUGACACUGAAUGUCCUCGCUCCUUCUUCUGACUUGAAAGAUUUCUACGAGAACGAUGAGACACGUGAUACGCCGUAGUCUAAAGUAUGCGGAAUCGGCUCGCUACACACACGCCAAGAACCAUAUUAUCAGUUCUUGAUAAAAAUGGUUUCAAAAUCCAAAGCAACAGGAUUUUAUUUAAUGAAAGAGCCAAUCUAUUAACACAAGCCUAAAUUACUGUUUCUUAAUCAGGUGCAUUUGUCCCGGAUCAUGUGAUCCAGUUACCGGAAGCUGUUCCUGUCCACGUGGAUUCCAAGGUCCAAACUGCCAAGAAGCCUGUGCGGAUGGAUGGUACGGUGCAAACUGCUCACAGAGGUGCAACUGCUUGAACAGUGCGUCAUGCAAUCACGUGGAUGGCUCGUGUACAUGCACUCCUGGAUGGUCUGGGGUUAACUGUACGGAGAGAUGCCCUGCCGGGUAUUAUGGGAUGCUCUGUGCUUCCAAGUGUCAGUGUAGUGUAAAUGGGACCGGGAGUGCUUCAUUAUGUAAUUCUGUGACUGGCGAAUGUAACUGCAGUCUGGGGUAUCACGGAUACAGGUAAGAUCUUGCUCUGUUUUUAGAAGCGAGGCUACGUCCACGCGACUGAGGCUGUGGGAGACUGAGACAGUGCGCAACACCGAGAAAGUACGGGAAGAUCUUAUGUGUAAACUUUCAAGUGGAAGCUAAUGAGCACUGUAAUUUGUUUUCGAUAAAUGUAUUUUAAGUUCUAAAAAUGAACAUUUUUUUCUGUUUGCGUGACCUGAAAAUGAGUAGAGAGUCACACACUAACAGUCCAGAAUCCUGGAUUCCUCAAUAAUUCCCCUCUUCCCACAAAGACCACUCAGCAAACCUCACGAAUAAGCGUUUAUAAGUGAGGCAUUUUCUCUUUUAAUAUGCCCUGACGCUACCAACUUUGUAUUGCUGAGUUUCUUUACUCUUACUGAGAAGAUUUGGGCAAAAGCAUCGCCCAAUAACGCAGGAAGUCCACCUCCGGCUGACGAGUUAGUGUAGCUCAUAACCGUCUUUGCUUAAGCUCGCUAAUAACGCCUCUCUGCUUUAACUUAACAGGUGCGAGGAGCAGUGCCGUGAGGGUUUCUAUGGUAAAAACUGCAGUCAGCGUUGCCAGUGUCAAAACAGCCAUUCCUGCAGUAUUACAGAUGGGUCCUGCACCUGCAAGCCCGGUUACUACGGCGCAGCGUGUCAUUUGCCGUGUCCCAAGGAUCGCUACGGUGCCAACUGCAACAACACCUGCCAAUGUAUUUGGUCCAACACCCAUUCAUGUGACAGGGUUGAUGGCACAUGUUACUGCAGGGACGGAUACAGAGGAGUUGACUGCGAAAGUGUGUGUCCUGAGGGAUCCUACGGGCGCGACUGCAAUGGAAAUUGCACUUGCCAGAAUGGUGCUGUGUGUGAUCACGUGAAAGGCACAUGCGCGUGCACGGCCGGAUUCAAAGGUCAAAGUUGCGAGACUACCUGCGCCGAAGGCAGGUUUGGUGUGAACUGCUCACGUAAAUGCCUUUGUCGGAAUGGUGCGAAGUGCAGUCGUUUUGAUGGACAGUGUUAUUGUGCCCCUGGUUUCUUUAGUAAAUAUUGUGAAAAUGAAUGCCGCAGUGGAAGGUAUGGAGUAAACUGCACAAAUAUUUGCGAUUGUAACCUCAGGAACAGCCCGAACUGCGAUCCUAAAACUGGCGAAUGUCUUUGUUUUCUUGGUUUCAAAGGACCCAGAUGUGACGAGGUCAGUGUCAUGUACCACAAACAGCGCAUGUGCUUUAAGCUCUGAUGAAAUAACUCUCUCAUUCAACCAAGUCUUUAUCUUUUUGAAAAAUUAGGCAAAAGCACCAAAUUAGCGUUCCUGGGCCUGGAGAAAUUUUUAUUUAAGGUCUAUAUGAACUUAGUUCAGUUGAGAAGCGGCUCUACCUCGCAGUGGAUAAUUGUGUUGUUAAGUUAUUCGUCUGCCGUAUGCAGUUAAAUGGAACGAAACGCAAACUGGAAACAGUGACUACUUACCGAUUGCACAAUCCAUCCAGAUGGAAAUCUUGUGCAUAAACAUAUAAAGAAUUUGAGGUGGUUGGAGUGCGACCCGUUACAAAGUAUUUUAAAAUCAGCUGAAUAGACUGAAAAGGGUAAAAAAAAAAUUGCAUCGUCUCAAAACACAGCCCAUAUUUUCUGAAGCUUCCUAAACGGAAUGGCGCGAACCAUUUUUGAUUGUUCAUUCGAAAUUUCCGGUUUUCCCAUCAAAAUGUUUUGUUUAAGUUCUGCACUCGUAAUAAACUAAACAACACAGUUUACCUUUAACCUUGAAGAGCUUAUCGCUUUCCCCAUUGCAUUCUUUAUCAACAGCCUUGUGAAGACGGCUUUUACGGAAAGAACUGCCAGAAACCAUGCCCCGUAUGCUCAAGUCAUGUGAUCGGUCCGUGCCAAAAAGCACAUGGCAACUGCUCAUGCUCUCCUGGUUACCAAGGAUACCGCUGCUUUGAUGACUGUGGCUUGCAGCAUUAUGGUCUGCAUUGUAAGCAGUCGUGCCAGUGUACAAGUGACGAGCUGUGCCACCAUAUAAACGGCUUGUGCUUGGACAUGUCCAGAGGAAAAUUUUCUCUGAUUGUAAAUGACACUAUUGAAGAACUCCACGAUCGUGUGCGGAUGAGAGACAUAAAGCGCGGGCUGGAAAAGUUGAUGGAGCUUUACUUUGACGAGAAACCAUCCGACGAUGAGGUAAAGUAGAAAUGUUGGAAGGAGUAGGUAUUUAAUUCUUUCAAAAAGUUUUACGAUGUAAGCGAACUUCCCGUGAUGGACCACAGUAAUACCAACGUGUGGUGGUCUCUUACAGGGCACACAAGUCAAUUUAGCUGACCCAUCGCCAUAUGCCCUCAUACCGUGGUAGAACUGUUUUGUAGUUCCUAACCAACAGCUACCACUUGUGUAUGGUGGAGCUGGCGCUUAAAUGAGUGCUUUUGCACUCGCACGGCAGUAAACGGCGGGGUCGAUGCUUGCAAGUGAGACCUCUCGCCUGCGGCUGUGCCAUGCUGAUGAGUUCUAAUGAGGGCGAAACAGCUGUCCAUGGCUGCCACUGCCUGGGUGAUGUGGUUAUGCGCAGGCGUUAAGGUACUGGCCGUACCGCGGAGAUGGUGCUUGUGCUUCAGUGCUGAAAUUGGUAAUCACAAGAGGUUCCACACAACCACCUCGUCCCCAGGCCAUUUCGUGCCAUGUGAGUGGGCUGCGGAGGCUUGGAACCGAACGCGAGAUUAAAUUCUCCGGACAAGCGUCCAAGCGUCACAUCCGAACUUGCUGGGGCAGACUGGAAACGAGCCCGGGUUCCAGCUGUUAGUGCAGCGUUUAGAUAACAAAAGCUGAUUUUGGAUACUAGGUAGCUCAUAAGAGGCUAUUACACUUGUAGUUUAGACAGCACUGUCUUGGAAUCAUCUUGUAAUUUGGCACCAUAUGUCGUUUUUCUUAUUUGGCGUGAAGAAAUUUGAAAUGUUGGUCUCACUUGAUCUACCUAUUCCUGGUCUUUGUAACUCUUUUGUGUCCUUAGACGGAGAAGCCUUGUUUCUCAUCGCCUUUUUUUGUUCAGCUGUAUAAACACGGCAAAUGAAGUGAGUGCAUGAUGGCUGGAAUUUAACCUGCGAUGAACAAGGAUCGCGCCUAAUUGUAGAAUACGCGGAUUAAUCUGAUACUUUUGUUCUUGUAGAUGGUAGGACGACGAGCAAAGCACGCUAGCGCGCGGAAAAUCGUAAUGGAAGGCUUAUUGUUUUGGAUAGAGAAACGAUUUUGUGAAUCCCCUUUGCUCGUUUUUGCUUAGCCCUCUUUGGAAAUAAGGCACAAUUUAUUAUCUGAAAGACUAGUUUCCAUAUCUCGUAGGUUGCCGCAGCGACGGCUUCCGAAGAUGGAUCGGCUUUAGCUCAGUCUCGUUUGGACGUGCUAGACGGUGUUAACGGGUCCUCUACGACAACUGAUCGUCCCACAAGUCGGUCAUCUGUUUCUGCGAGCCAUACUAAUGAGAAGGAAUCCACGCCUCAAAACGUGAAGCAUGUGUUUAUGGUGCGCUUACUUGAGGAUGAAAUGCAACCUGUUGUAAAAGAGGACUUAGGCGAUGCCACUCGAGUCGUGUGUGUUCUACUCGAUAACUUCACUGUAGUGGAUGGUCAUUACGUGGAUGAGGUGCUGUCCAGGGUACCAAGCGGGAUGAUUACAUCGGAGCUUCAGGUUGACUACUACACUGGCAAGCUGUAUAAGAAGAAGACUGGGUCCAAGGUGGAAAUGCAUCUACCGCUCAUCAUUGGCGCCUCUGUUGUUGGUGAGUAAAGUGCGCCCUCGAGGGAAGGGUGGGUGGUAACACUGACGUAGCAAAAUGUCAGUGGCGGAUCCAGGGGAGGCCCCCGCCCCCUUAUUUUUAGACCAAACUGAGGCCCCAAGGGCCGACAAAAAAAUUUUUGGAGACCCCCCCCCUUCCCCUCAUGGGGAACAUGGCACAGGCGUGCACAAACUUCCCGCUCAGAAAAAUAUCUACCACAAUGCACCACAGGCUAUGAAACGUAGAUCACGGAUCAUGCGUCAUGUUUCACCGGAGCAACUUUCAUUGAAACAGGUGUAUAUAUAUUGCCAAUUACACGUCUUUAAUCGCAAUGACACUUAACUUUUGGGAAUAGGUUACUUGCGUAUAACACAAUAACAGCUACAUGUGAAACAAAUAUGUCUCCCAAGCAUUUCAUUUUAAUCCGAGUUUCUUUAUCUUUUUCUUUUCUGCUCGGAUAGUUCAUCCAAUUACCAAUCUGUGAACAAAAAGAAAUAAACUGAAUUUUGUUUUUAACGCUUCAUAUCUAAAUUCAAAUUUCACACUAGCCCUGGGUUACCUUAACCUAGCUUUGAAUAAUCCGGCCCAGUGGUCAUUAAAUACCAAUCCUUUGAAUACAAAUACCAAUCUUUUGUACAGCAAACAGUUGGCUAGCUAGCUUAAUUGGUUAGAGCGCUGCACGGGUAUCGCAGAGGUCAGGGGUCGAAUCCCGGAGAGCCUGAUUUUUUUUUAGGCUUUUUUAUUUUCACCUGCAAAAGUCAGUUGCGACUUUAUCAGCGAGGAUCUUCAUAACAUUUAUUUGGAAGUUGAAUUUGUUGAUCAAUUGAUUAAAAACUUGAUGGAGUUGCAAACGAAAUUGCAAGACAGUUAUACAAUUUAUGAAAAUAUUGAAGGCAAAUAUGAUAUAAGGAAAAAUGCCUGCAGCGAGUCAGAAUUGAUGAAUUGUUUUUCGCUAUCUGGGUUGAUCGAUUGAUCAUCUGAUUCUGUCCAUCUUUAUUGUGUUUUCACAGGGUUUUUCCUCAUAGUUACAAUCAUAGCCUUGUUUGCGUUUAUCCGUCGAAGGUACAAACGUAGGAGCGGAUUUGCUUCAUAUAAGAAGGGCAAUACAAAAGAUCAAUCCGAGUUCGAGCUACAGCCCUGGAUUGGUCGCAAUACAGGAUAUCUGCUUGCGUUUGAUAACCCUUAUUAUGACGUAUUAGCGGCCAUGGGACUAGAUGAUGAUAUAGAGGAGGACUACUAUAACCCCUUGUACGAUGAUGUGAGUAUGUACAGCGACAGCGGCGAGAAUACUAGCGAGGAAAGCUGUCAUAAAGAUCUUAGCUCCAUGGUUAUACGGUCAUGA